UGUUGCAUAAUGUGACAUUCAUGAGGAAGAAAAUACUUCAUCUCCAUUCUGGAACAACCAGUUACCUGUCGUCCUCGGUGUCCGACAGGUGUCAGGCUUGACCUCUUUGUUGCUAAAAGUAAAGGGUUGCUUUGUGUUGCUUUAGUGCCUAACCCAAAGCAGCAAAACGGCGAAGAAGGGCUUCGGAGUUCUAUGUCCAAUUCCAUUUGAAAUAUUUAUUUGCACCAACUGAGAAAAUGAGUUCGUUGAAGGUGGCAGUGAUUGGACAAUCAGUGUUCGGCCUUGAAGUGUACAAGCUGCUGCGAGAGAAGGGCCACACGGUUGUGGGUGUGUUCACGAUCCCUGAUGCUAAUGGCAAGGCGGAUCCACUGGGCGCAGAGGCUGAAAAGGAUGGAGUGCCUCUGUUCAAGUUCAAGGCUUGGCGUGCCAAGGCAACUGGCCUAGUCUUGCCAGGGGUGUUUGAGAAGUACAAGUCGGUGGGAGCUGAGGUGAACGUGAUGCCAUUCUGUUCACAGUUCAUCCCCAUGGAUGUCAUCAACCAUCCACAACACAAAUCUAUCAUCUACCAUCCGUCCAUUCUACCGCGCCACCGCGGCGCAUCCGCAAUUAAUUGGACAUUGAUGCAAGGUGAUGCGGAAGCUGGCUUCACAGUCUUCUGGGCAGACGACGGCCUCGAUGAAGGUCCCAUCUUGCUACAGAAGCGCACAGCUGUUGACGACAACGACACUGUUGACACAUUGUACAAUCGCUUUCUGUUUCCCGAAGGUGUGAAAGGAACGGUUGAAGCUGUUGGUCGCAUUGCUGCCGGCACUGCUCCCAGCAUACCGCAACCAGCCGAUGGUGCCACCUAUGACAAGAUGUGGAAGAAGAAGGAACUAGCGCAAAUCAACUGGCAGCAGACAGCCUGGGAGCUACACAAUUUCAUCCGUGGUAAUGACAAGCUGCCAGGUGCGUGGACUACGAUCAAUGGAGAGAAAGUCACAGUGUUUGGCUCGACGUGGGAUGCGAAUGGAGUAGUUCCGGAGGGGUCUCCAGUGGAUGUGGAAGGUUGCUCAAAGCCUGCAAUUGUGCAUGCCGGUGGAUUGACGUUCCUUGGAUCCGAUGACAAGCCCGUGACUGUGAAGCAAGUUGUUUUGGAGAGUGGCAAGAUGAUCCCAGCCGGCCGGUUUGGUCAGGGAGAAGUCCAAACGGAAACACUAGAGCUGACAGCGGAGGAGAAAGCCAUGGAGGCAGCCAUUAAGGUUAUCUGGAGUGGUAUCUUGAAUGUGGCGUCGAUCGAGGACAGCUCUGAUUUCUUCAAACUUGGAGCUGGCUCAAUGGAUGUUGCAAGAUUGGUGGAAGAGGUCAAGCAGAAGUGUUCUGUGACACUGGCCAAUGAAGAUGUGUACAUGGCUACCAGAUUUGAUGAGUUCAUCAAUGCAGUUGUCACCAUGCACCGUGGUGGUGGCAAGUCAACGUUUGAAUUUGAUGCUGUUACCGUAAAUGCCAAUGAUAUGGAACUCAAGUUUCCACACCAACUGUUCAUCAAUGGCAAGUUUGUGGAUGCCAUUGAAGGACGCACAUUCAAGACAAUCAAUCCGUACACGGAAGAGCCAAUUUGUGAAAUAUCUCUUGCUCUGAAGGCUGAUGUCGAUGUAGCUGUGGCAGCUGCAAAGGAUGCAUUCGAGAAAGGAGAGUGGGGAAAGAUGAAUGCCCGAGAUCGGGGCAAGCUUAUGUUCAAGCUUGCUGACCUUAUGGAAGAGCACAAAGAGGAGUUGGCAUCGUUGGAAACGAUCGACUCGGGUGCCGUGUAUACGCUUGCCAUGAAGACUCACGUCGGUUUCUCCAUUGACGUUUUCCGUUACUUUGCUGGCUGGUGUGACAAGAUACAGGGCAAGACGAUACCGGUGAACCAUGCUCGGCCAAGCCGUAAUCUCUGCUUCACUAAGAGAGAGCCCAUGGGUGUUGUCGGUCUGAUUGUACCCUGGAACUACCCAUUAAUGAUGCUGGCGUGGAAGAUGUCCGCUUGUUUGGCGGCUGGAAACACCUGCAUUCUCAAGCCGGCUCAGGUGACGCCGCUUACGGCAUUGAAGUUUGCGGAGCUAUCGGCACGUGCUGGCUUCCCUCCGGGUGUCAUUAACAUUCUACCCGGUGCUGGUUCAGUGUGUGGACAGGCUAUCCUAGAUCACCCGGACGUGCGCAAAGUUGGCUUCACUGGAUCAACGGAUAUUGGCCGAGGUAUCAUGAAGAGCGCUGCAGUGAGCAAUCUGAAGAAGGUUUCACUGGAGCUCGGUGGCAAGUCUCCGCUGAUCAUCUUCAGCGACUGUGACAUGGACAGAGCAGUCCGGCAGGGGCUGAUGGCUUGUUUCUUCAACAAGGGCGAAAACUGCAUUGCAGCAGGACGGCUGUUUGUGGAGAGCUCCAUCUACGAUGAGUUCAUCACCAGAGUGGUUGCCGAGGCCAAGAAGAUGAAGAUUGGAGAUCCGUUUGAUAGGUCGGUGGCGCACGGUCCGCAGAAUCACGAAAAGCAUUUACUGAAGCUACUGGACUACUGCCGUGUUGGUCAGGAGCAAGGUGCACGGCUAGUGUGUGGUGGCAAGAGAUAUGGCACAAAAGGCUUUUUCCUUGAGCCAACCGUGUUUGCCGACGUUGGCGAUGACAACUUCAUUGCCCACGAGGAGUCGUUUGGUCCUAUUAUGAUCAUCUCAAAGUUUGAGGAUGGUGACGUGGAUGGUGUGCUGGAGAGAGCCAAUGCUACUGAGUUUGGUUUAGCGUCUGGUGUUUUUACCAAGGACAUUGGAAAGGCGAUGACAGUCAGUGAACGGUUGCAGGCAGGUACCGUAUUUAUCAACACGUACAACAAGACUGACUGUGCUGCUCCCUUUGGUGGAUUCAAGCAGUCCGGAUUUGGCAAGGAUCUCGGUGAGGAAGCUCUGUCGGAAUAUCUCAAGACGAAGACUGUCACUGUUGAGUACUGAGCACCAGCUUGCACCUAAGAGCAGAGUGGCGGUGAACGCAAGGUGCCAACAGCACCUACCCUCUUCGCCAGCCGCAACAGAAAUAUGUUCAUAAUCGAGAGUUUCCAUUGGAAACAUGUUCCCUUCUGUAUAUAUUAUCAUGGCCGUACCUCCUAGUCCUUCUACUCGCAGUUUGCUUCUUGCAAUAUACCUGACUACUCGCUACCCCCCCCCCCCCAUAUUUUUAAUAAGUAUUAUGAUCUAGUCCACCCACUCUUUGCCACAAACCCCUGUUUUUAUUGUGUCCUGCCACCCUAUACAUAGUCUCUUUGUGGCAGGUCGGUUGCUCCACGUUCGAUCUCUGGCUCAUGACUUUCUAUACUGCAGAAGAAUAGUUGCCACAUACGCAUGUGAAUUGUACGCUAUUGUGCUCUGAUGUUACUAUUAGUAUUACGUUUGUUAGUAUCACUUUUAUACCGUUUGUUCUUUAGGAAUUAUGUUACUUUAAUUUGACGACAAUCCCCAAACCCUGUAUUGUAGGGCAUAGUGCUUCAAUUACUCCCUGUAGAGCGUAGUGCUUCACUCCCUGAUUGCCGUUUAAUAUUGAUUUAUUUACCCGCCGAUGUGGUGUGAAAGCUCCGUGGAUGCUACUGGCUGCUUUGAUGGUGUGUGCAGUUGCAUUGGUCUUUGCUGCCUGCUGCAGCUAUGCUCGAGCAGCGCUGUAUGCGGCAGUCCAUUGCCCCUCUCCGAGUCUUGCAAUUUUGCUCUAGCUUCUGCUAUUAAUGUUGAAUUCUUCAGGGCUCAAAAAUAUACGCCUUGCCCCGUGCAGGUUUGUCUUGG